GGGCGGGGUGCGGGGCGCAGGUGACGCGGGUCCGGGAAAGAUGGAGCAGCCCGGGACAGCAGCGGGGCCCGGAGGCGAGGAGCCCGGCGGGGGCCGGAGCGGCAAGCGAAGCGCUGGGGGCCGGGCCGCGGGCGACGAGGAGACCAAGAACAAGCCCAAGCUGAACAUUCAAAUAAAAACUUUGGCUGAUGAUGUGCGAGACCGAAUUACAAGUUUUAGAAAAUCUGCCAUCAAGAAAGAAAAACCUCUUAUUCAGCACCCCAUUGACUCUCAAGUUGCCCUGACUGAAUUUCCAGCGUCACAACUGCUAUAUGAAGAGCGAUCCCAGAAUUUGUCCGAAAAGGAAGUGCAGGAUAUUUUUGAAAAAAUGAUGGAAGACAUGAAUCUAAAUGAAGAACGAAAAGCUCCCCUCCGAGAUAAAGAUUUCGGCACGAAGCAUGAGAUGGUCGUCCAGUACAUCUCCGCCACUUCCAAGUCGAUAGUUGGAAGUAAAGUUAUGGGAGGACUGAAAAAUAGCAAGCAUGAAUGUACCUUAUCUUCCCAAGAAUAUAUCCAUGAAUUACGGUCUGGCAUCUCAGAAGAGAAACUCCUUAACUGCCUCGAAUCUUUGAGGGUGUCCUUAACCAGUAAUCCUGUCAGCUGGGUUAACAACUUUGGCCAUGAAGGUCUUGGAGUCUUGUUGGAUCUAUUAGAGAAGCUUCUGGAUAAAAAACAGCAAGAAAGUAUUGACAAGAAGAAUCAGCAUAAACUUAUUCAAUGCCUGAGAGCAUUUAUGAAUAACAAGUUUGGGUUGCAAAGAAUUCUAGGUGAUGAAAGAAGCCUUUUAUUGCUAGCAAGGGCAAUUGACCCUAGACAGCCCAACAUGAUGACGGAAAUAGUAAAAAUACUUUCUGCUAUUUGCAUUGUUGGAGAAGAUAAUAUUCUAGACAAACUUUUAGGAGCUAUCACUACAGCAGCUGAAAGAAACAAUAAAGAACGAUUUUCACCAAUUGUAGAAGGACUGGAAAACCAUGAAGCCUUGCAGUUACAGGUUGCCUGCAUGCAAUUUAUAAAUGCCCUUGUUACCUCUCCUUAUGAACUUGAUUUUCGGAUACAUUUAAGAAAUGAGUUUCUCCGAUCUGGACUUAAGAAAAUGUUACCAGGUCUGAAAGAAAAAGACAAUGAUGAACUUGAUAUCCAGUUGAGAGUAUUUGAUGAGAACAAAGAUGACGACCUAAAUGAAUUAUCACAUCGUCUCAAUGACAUUCGAGCAGAAAUGGAUGAUAUGAAUGAAGUUUAUCAUCUUCUGUAUAACAUGCUAAAGGACACUUCUUCUGAAAAUUACUUGCUCUCCAUUCUACAACAUUUUUUGCUCAUCAGAAAUGAUUAUUAUAUCAGGCCACAGUAUUAUAAGAUCAUUGAAGAGUGUGUUUCACAGAUAGUGCUGCAUGGCAGUGGCAUGGACCCAGACUUCAAAUAUCGACAGAGAUUAGAUGUUGACUUUACUCACCUAAUAGAUGCAUGUGUAGACAAAGCUAAAGUAGAAGAAAGUGAACAAAAGGCAGUGGAAUUUUCCAAAAAGUUUGAUGAGGAAUUCACAGCACGACAGGAGGCCCAGGCUGAACUUCAACGACGAGAGGAGAAAAUACAAGAACUCGAGAUGGAACUUCAGCAGCUCCGAACUCAGGGACAUGGACUUUCUGGUUCAUCAGGAGUUCCACUACCUCCAUCACCCCCACCAGUACCAGGUGGUACUGUUCCUCCUCCUCCACCUCCUCCUCCACCGCUGCCUGGAAGAAUUCCUUCUCUUCCUCCCCCUCCUUUGCUUGGAGAAGCUGUACCACCAGCACCUCCGUUGUUUGGGGGACCUCCUCCUCCACCACCUCUGGGUGGUAUUCCUCCUCCUCCUGGAGCUCCUGCUUCCCUACCUUUUGGAAUGAAGGCAAAAAAAUUAUACAAACCAGAAGUGGCCAUGAAAAGAAUCAAUUGGUCCAAGAUUGAGCCACAGGAAAUAUCAGAAAACUGUUUCUGGUUAAAAGUUAAGGAAGAUAAGUUUGAAAAUCCAGAUCUUUUUGCAAAACUGGCACUCACUUUUGCUACACAGCUGAAAGUUAAAAAGAACAUCGAUGUCCCAGAAGAAAAGAAAGUUGCUCCCAAGAAGAAAGUUAAAGAAUUAAGAGUUUUGGAUGGAAAAACUGCUCAGAAUCUGUCUAUCUUCCUCGGUUCUUAUCGCAUGUCUUACGAAGAUAUAAAAACCAUCAUUCUGGAGGUGAAUGAAGACAUGCUGAGUGAGUCCUUAAUCCAUAACCUGGUAAAGAAUCUUCCUGAGCAGAAGGAACUUAGUGCCUUAGCCCAACUGAAGGAUGAAUAUGCUGACCUCUGUGAGCCAGAACAGUUUGGAGUUGUGAUGAGCUCAGUGAAAAUGUUAAGACCUCGUCUCCAUAGCAUCCUUUUCAAGCUCACGUUUGAAGAACAUGUAAACAACAUCAAACCGGGUAUCAUGGCAGUAACUCUAGCCUGUGAAGAAAUGAAAAAGAGUGAAAGCUUUAAUCGACUCUUAGAGCUGGUACUCCUGGUUGGCAACUACAUGAACUCAGGGUCCCGAAAUGCCCAGUCGCUGGGUUUCAACAUCAACUUUCUUUGUAAGAUCAGAGAUACUAAAUCAUCAGACCAAAAGACCACGUUGUUACAUUUUCUUGCUGAAAUUUGUGAGGAAAAAUACCGGGACAUUCUUAAAUUCCCAGAUGAAUUGGAGCAUGUUGAAAGUGCAAGCAAGGUUUCAGCUCAGACUCUGAAGAGCAACCUUGAUGCCAUGGAACAACAGAUUGCUCGCCUGGAAAGUGAUAUUACCAAAUUCCCUAAGACAGAAGACAAACAGGACAAGUUUGUGGAAAAGAUGACCAGCUUUGCGAAGAGUGCCAGAGACCAGUAUGAAAAGUUGUUGACCAUGCACAACAACAUGGUAAAACUCUAUGACAAUCUUGGCGAGUACUUCAUUUUUGACACCAAAACGGUGGCAAUCGACGAGUUCUUCGGUGACCUCAGCAGCUUCCGCACUUUGUUCCUGGAAGCAGUGAAGGAAAACAACAAGAGAAGAGAAAUAGAGGAGAAGAGCAAGAGAGCCAAGCUUGCCAAAGAGAAAGCUGAGCAAGAAAAGAUGGAACGACAGAAGAAGAAGAAACAGCUGAUGGAGACGAACAAAGAGGGUGAGACAGGUGUGAUGGAUAAUCUGCUGGAAGCCUUGCAAUCAGGUGCUGCCUUCCGAGAUCGAAGGAAGCGGAUACAGAGAAAUCCAGAUAACAGACGAGCACCUUUAGAAAGGUCACGUUCCCGCCACAAUGGAGCCGUUGCAUCCGCAUGAGUCCGGUGGGCCAAAGACCUCGGAGAGUGGCGGUGGAAGCCAAGUGGCAUUUUGAGCAGAGUUCAGCAUGGACUUGAGUUGACAAAGAAGGAAGUGAAUGAAAUACAAGUUCUGUGUCUCUGUAAAUCUACUGCUAAAUCCCAAAGCCCCAUGAUUGUACUAAUAGAAACACAAUUACCAGUCAGCAACGAGGGUGUUCAGUGUAAGGACUUGCAUUGGUUGUGUAUUCUCAGGUGGGCUGCUGAGGAGGGACAGGUGAGGGAAGGAAGACACCUGCCACUGGACAGAGGAGAAGAGAAACCUCUUCAAAACUGCAGCGAUGAGGUCCCAGUGAAGAAGCGCUCCAUUUCUGGGCACACACGAACUAACCUGUGCCUCUUAAUGAAGACUGAGAACACAGCUUAAGAGAAGCCACCUUAGCACUUGCAGAACUCAGUUUCUGUAAGCUUCUGGUCCCCAGGGAAAUCAAAUGAAUUCAGGUGCUUUCACUGAAAUUAAACUUUUCAUCAAUCUAGAGUUUGUUACUGCUUAAAAAAUCGUGCCCCAUUUGGAUGGAAUCAGCUCCAGAGGGUGUUUUAAACUUUAUUUAAAGGGGUAUUUUCUAAUUGUGCACAUAUAUAUGGAUUCUUUAUACAGAUACUUUAUACAGAUAUUUUUUGAGAAAAAGCACCUCACAUUUUACUGUUUCUGCUAAGGAUGAUUCUAAGAAUUCUAUUAUCCUGAUUUCUGUCUUAGAGACCAAAAGGAUCUGCCUGCUCUUGGUUGAGGGCUGCCUUCUUCCUUGCUUCCUGGGCAUGGGGCAUGGAGCAAUGUUAGAGGACCUGCCAAGUCCAAGGUAGUGGCAAGUCCUUUCCUCUGCUCCCUGGCCUCCAUUUGGUUAGAGAGAAGUGCCAACAGCUACUCAUUUCCUCACCUGGUCUACCCCAAACCUGCACGCAUGGAACCUGGUUCCAGGAUCCUGAGCUGGCUGGAGAGAGCAUUGAACUUAAUCCAACACUUAAAAAUCAGAUGUUCCUCAGCCGAACAUUUUAGGACUUGGUCACUGAAGGAGGACGACGCCAUCCUUAUUCUGGCCACAAAACUCUCCAGAGCUUGUUGGCUUUUUGGGCGAGUCCUCUUUUCUGUUCUCAAGCAGUGUCUCCAGAAUAGAAUAGCUAUGUUACUUAGAGUUGUUUGGGUCUCCCAGGGAAUGGAGAAAUGCUCAGCUGAACCUCACCAAUGGAACCACUUCUAUCCUGAGCAUUUCAGGAAACCGCAGGAUUUUCUCUUUUUGGAGGCAGCUGGUGGGUGCUGAAUCUUACAGCUCUAAAAGCCUUAUUUCUCCUUACUACAGUCUGCCUGUGUAGACACAGCCUGCUACCCUAGGCAAACUCAGGAGCCUGAAAGGUCAGUUGUGGAGUUUCAUCAACAGUGUCUUUAUCUGCCUCCCCUUGGCUGACAUACUCUACCACUUAAAUCAGAACCCAUCCUCCCUCCUCAGAUGUGGUCACUGCUCUAACAAUGCCAAAGGAACAGCUCUCCAAGUCAGCUGUUUAAGAAUUGUUAUUAUUCUUAGUUUUCAUCCAGUCACAGACUAAAAGAGAAACUCCUGUGGUAAAAAAAAAAAUGCCAAGAGAAAGAGAAUGGGUUCCUAUUUUUCUUCUCAAGAGACUACACUUGCAUGUUGGUUUAGGCUCCAUUUGGGAAAUAUGUGGCAUGACAUUUUUGGAUUUUGGUUAUAAAACUCAUUCUUGUAAAUUAUGUGGUUAUUGUAUGAGAGUUCUAAAAGUGGAAAGGCCUAGAUGUUGGCUCAUAAAGACAACUGAUAUCUAGUAGUGGAAAAAAAAUAAGGUUGGCCUUAGCUCAAAAGGGGAAGCACUUCAUCAACCUGAAAACCAUUCAACCAAGUGACCCAUUUGUAGAAGGGCCUUUCCCUUCCCACCAGCUUUCCUCAGUAGGGCGUGGGACUGGGAAACAGUGAGAGGCAGAGGAGGACCUCCAGCAGCAUCUUGAGAUGCCUAUUUUUACAACUUUGUCCCUCUUUUUACCUUGUGAUUUUCAUAAGCAUAUCAGUUUUAUGGUUGAUAAAAGAACAUUCUCUUAAUUUCUGUAAACAUACAGUGCCUGUGUUGUAGACUUCACCAAGCCUUUCUGAAACUUCAUGCUGGGACUGCUUCGGGCCUUAGCUAGCUUUUCUGGCUGCAGCACAUGCUAUUGUAAGUGGUCACCCUGGCUACUGGGGGGCCAGGUGGGGGGUAGGGGAGAUUCUGCCGUGUAAUGGAGCUUGUGAAGCUAGGAGGACAGGAGUGACAUGUUCAUAUAUCACCUUUUAAAGACAUGAACUUGCCUUAUUUUCUAGUAUUCAAAAAAACUGAAUUAAAGAACAAUUAUUGAUAGAGUCUAUAUUUGUUUUCAGAGCAAUCCCAAAUGCCUUCUUCAAAAAACAACAAAUCUUUUAGGGCCUGUUGUGAAGUUCAAGCAAAAUGAUUUACAAAGUAUUGUUUCUUAACUCCACAGUGAUCCCACUCCCACUAUUUGCUGCCAAGGCUCAGAUGAAAAAAAAAAAUCACAAAAGGAAAAAGUACGGUGAAAAUAUGUAACCACUGAGCAUAGAAUCUAAUGAUACUGAAAUCUUAUGUUUAGUAUGUUACUGCUAAAAGCAAUGGGCCUGUUUAUGCAGAUUUUCUACAGACUACUCAGAAGACUGCCCCCAAACCCUCUACUGUUUGCUAGUUACUGCAUAUAAAUAUAGUUUAACUUUUUCUAAUUCAUUCUUGGUACUCUCAAGCCAAAUUGAGGUCAUCACUAAAAAAACCAAACCAAUCAUUGUCUGCACAACGUACUUUGCAUGCUUUGAUGUUGAAUGCUGUGCCAAAGUCUGCUGAGUACUUGUACGUCCUGUUAUGGUCAUACAUCGAGUUGAAAACCAAUCGAGUUGAAUUUGAUUUUCCCUACUGUAGUUAAUGAAUCCCCCUAUGCCUCCUUCUGUGGGCCACAGUAGAAGCACCAACUACCUCUGCAAUCAAGGGGAAGCCCCCAGGCUGUGCUGAGUUACUGGUGGCAGAGCUGCCCAGUCAUAGUAUUUCAAUAUUAGUAGAUACCAUGUGGGCAGAUGCUUUCAUUUCAGCUAAGAAUAAAAACUGUAUCUAGUCAGGGCCAUGAAUAGCUUGGGGGGAAAGAAACCGUCAUGUGAUAAUACUUACUAUUCAAUAAAAUCGACUAUGAUACACAUUAA